CUUUAUGAGCGGCCAAAAGGGUGGUACCGCAUGGCGUUGAGGGUCAAAGGUAAAUAUCCAGACGGAGACACCUGGUUGGGCCCAGAUGGGUGGAGGAGUCACUCUGUACCUGGAGAAUGGCCUGUUUCCUACCAUGGAACAAGCUUAGAUGGAGCCAAAGGCAUCAUCAGAAGUCACUACAGUGCAGGAGAUAGAGCAAUGUAUGGAAGAGGAAUCUACUCAACACCAGACAUACAUGUCGCUGAGAGAGAGGAAUAUGCCAAGACCUUCACAUCGGAGAGUACAGGGAAAAGUUACAAAGUGAUCCUACAAAAUCGAAUCAAUCCAGAAAAGAGAGAGAUUUGCCAAAGAGAUGACUACUGGCUCAUUCCUGUUCAUGAAGGAACAUCUGCCAAGGAGGAGAAAAAGAUAAUGGAGAGCUCUAUUCGACCUUACGGCAUUCUGAUUAAGAAAUUAAAGGACGAUGACGAGGGAGAUGAGGAUGGUGACCGUAAUGACGAUGGCAAUGAUGACGACAAUGACAGCAAAGAUGGUAGCAAAUCUUAUGAUGGCAGUGUCGAUGAUAAUUGCAAUGGCGAUGGAAAUGGCUAUGGUGAUGGGGAUGGCAACAACGAUGAAAGCGAUGAUGGUCCUGAUGUCGAUGACAGUGAAGACGAUGACGUCAUCAGUGGCGAUUAUGAUGACGACAACGAUGGCAAACAUGAUGACGCCAAUGUCGAUGACAUUUUCCAUGAUGAUGAUGAUGAUGAUGAUGAAAAUGGCUCUGGUGAUGGCGAUAACGACGGCAAGGAAAGCGAUGAUGAUGGCAAUGUCGAUGGCGAUGAUUAUGAUGACGAGGAAAAUAACAACAGCACAUACGAUGAUGAAAUUGUUGCUGACAGUUGCAAUGAAGAUGAGGAUGACAGUGAUUACAAUGACUAUGAUGAUUUCGAUGACAGUGACAGAGGCAGUGAAGAUGAUGAUGCGUGGAGUUGACACAUCUGCUGAUUUCAUUGAUGUAUAAUUAGAGCGAGAUCACUCGUGUAUAUAAUUUAUUGUCAUCCUUGGUUUAAGUAUUUUUUUUUUUUUACUUUUGGGUGGCUUUAUUGCCUUUAAUCGAUAGUGAUAGCUGAAGGGUCACAGGAAAGGGGGAGAGAGAAAGAGAGGGGAUGACACACAGCAAAGGGCCACAGGUCGAAGUCAAACUGGUUUAAAUAUUUAUAAACUGAUACUGGGCCAAAGUUGUCUGAAUAGAGGAUCGAUAGCAAAUACAAAUUACUUUGUUUUGUCAAAGAGUUUCUGGCUUGGUUCGCUGCUCAUAUGAUAUAGUAAGUAAGUAAAAUGUAUUUAUAUAGCACUUUUCACAGACAUAAGUCACAAAGUGCUUUACAGUUCAAAGUGCUAUACAAUGUAUAGUAAUUAACAGUUGUUGUUUCUGUAAGUAUUUGUUUUCAUUUAGAAUGAAAAAAGAUGUUCUGUCUGUCAUUCUCAUAUGGUAAAAAAUUAUGGACCUAAACAUAAAACUCUUUUAAAGACCCUGAAACCCCAUUUCCUCUAUCAGGUUCUGACUAUGAGCGGUAGGUUUGAACUAGAACAAACUAUUUUCUGUCAAAAAUAUUAAACAAUAAUACAAUUUGUCAUUUUAUAUGAUAAUUCCGUAUUUGUGUUUCGUCUGUACUACUCUCCCUGUUUUAAGUAGGCAGGCCCGAUGGGAAAAACAGGAAACGUGUGACCGCACCCACACAGUUCUGAAAAGAAAAGUAACAGAGGUCUUGAGUGUUAAUCUCUUCACAUACAACUAAGGAUGCUUUGUUUUAAGUGUUAAGUGUUUACUGCAGAAGAGAAAUACUGAUUUAAAACCAAAUAAAAGAUAACUUGUGUUUCACCAAGUAAAUGCUUUUAAUGUGAAGCUGCAGUUGUAGGAAAUGUUUGGUUUGCAUUAUCUUAAUACAGCAUUGUUUCCAGGAAUGUUGCAACACACACCCAGUUUGUACUUCAGUGAUAGCUAACUAGAUAGAUAACUUGGCAGACAUUAAUUUAAUGUAAAAUCUUCAAGAAAAGCAACAUUUGUGAGAGUCAUUCCAACAGACUAUAAAAGAGGUAUUUGUUUGCUUGAUGUCAAAGCAACCAAGCAGCAGAGAUUCUUCCAGCUAGGAAUCAAAAUGAAAGUGAAAGAAAAUUCUCUUGUCAUGUCAAAAAUAGUUUUCAGUGUAGAGAGAGAACUCAGCACACACACAUUGUGAACGAGAGAAGGAAGCAACAACUUUGCUCUCAUCGUCCUCAACCAUGUAUUUGGACUCAAAUUUGAAAUUUGAAGCUUUGUCUUCACUUCUUGGAGAAAAAGUUAAACCCUAUGACAAGAAAACAUGUGAGGCAACAGCAGGUAUUUUGACGGUUGGUGAAUUUCUUCUCUGCAACCUCAUCGGGAAACAACUUGUGACUUACUUGAAGGAACUUUUCAUUGAUGAGGAAGAUUUUUUUGACCCACAGUAUGACCACGACUUCACUAAUCUCUCUGACUUGGCUGAGUGUAAGAGAGGUGAUGAGCUUUAUGAGCGUCCAAAAGGGUGGUACCGCAUAGCCUUGAAAGUCAAGGGUAAAUAUCCAGACGGAGACACCUGGUUGGGCCCAGAUGGGUGGAGGAGUCACUCUGUACCUGGAGAAUGGCCUGUUUCCUACCAUGGAACAAGCUUAGAUGGAGCCAAAGGCAUCAUCAAAGAACACUACAAAGCAGGAGAUAGAGCAAUGUAUGGAAGAGGAAUCUACUCAACACCAGACAUACAUGUCGCUGAGAGAGAGGAGUAUGCCAAGACCUUCACAUCGGAGACAACAGGGAAAAAGUACAAAGUGAUCCUACAAAACCGAAUUGAUCCUAAAAAGAGAGAGAUUUGCCAACGAUCUGACUACUGGCUCAUUCCUGUUCGUAAAGGAACGUCUGCCAAGGAGGAGAGAAAGAUAGUGGAGAGCUCUAUUCGACCUUACGGCAUUCUGAUUAAGGAAUUAAAGGAGGACAGUUCAUGGGGUUGCAUUGUAGUGUAAUGAAAAGUUUUUCUUAGUGAGAACUGUCAGAGUGGUCAGUGUCCAACAUGAACACACAGUUCUCUGUCAUUUUAGGAGACAAGUACAGUGUAUUACAUUUGCACUUGUGUUUUAUUUGUGCUCUUCUAUCAGUUUAAAGUAGGCAGGGCAGAUGGAAAAAAAAGAAACUUUUAAUCAACCACAUAAACAGUUCUGAUGUCUGAAGAUUAACUGAGUUCUGAGUGUUAAUCUCGUCACAGAUAAUAUUUUUUACUUUUUUCUUUUCUAUUUUUCAGUGUUUACUGUAUUAGAGAAAUUGAAACCAUAUUUUCAGAUAAAAUCAGUACCUAAUGAUUUAUUGUAUCAAAGCAGUUUAACUCUAUUGUUAUGUCUAAAUUUGUUCUUUUUCAAAGAAGAUUCCAUGUUAUACCUGAAAAAUCUGUUUGCUGAUUGUUGAUUUAUACAUUUAUAGAAAUAAAGAGUUAUACAUUA